AAAUUGGCUGUGCUGGCGAUGGCGAUGGCGAUGGCGAUGGCGAUGGCGAUGGCGGUGCAAAUUUUCAGCGCGAGACUUGACGAUUGCAGCAGAGCGGUUCGCUUUUUUCCAUGAGAAUCAAGAAUCAAAGAAUCAACGGUCAAUCUUCUUGACCAAUUUUCUCCUCCUCCAAGUUUUUUCGCUAUUAAAUCGAUGAUCGUUGAAGCCGAAUUCUUCAGUUCUUCCCAGAAAAUUUCCAUCUCUGUGAUUCCUGUUCCCAUCCCUAAUGGAAAACAAGAACACCCAACUCCGAAUCUUCUUCUUCCCCUUCAUGGCUCAGGGCCACUCGAUCCCCGCCAUAGACAUGGCGAAGCUAUUCGCUUCUCGCGGUGCCAAUGUCGCCAUCAUCACAACCCCUCUCAACGCCCCCCUCAUCGCCAAAUCAAUCCCCAAAUCCGAAAUCGAGCUUCUGAUCAUCAAUUUUCCUUCCGCAGCCGCCGGAUUGCCGGACGGUUGUGAGAGUCUCGAUUUGGCUAAAUCGCCGGAGAUGUUCCAGAGGUUUUUUAGGGCAACCACCAUGUUGGAGCCACAAAUCGAUCAGAUUCUCGAACAGCGCCGCCCUCACUGCCUCGUCGCCGAUACAUUCUUCCCAUGGACGACUGAUGUUGCUGCGAAAUAUGGGAUUCCGAGGGUUGUGUUUCAGGGAACUUGCUUCUUUGCUCUGUGUGCGGCGGAGAGUAUGAUCGCGAAUCGGCCUUACAAAAAGGUAUCCUCCGAUUUAGAACAUUUUGUAAUCCCUAAUUUACCUGACGAAAUCAAGUUGACUCGGAGUCAAGUGCCGGGGUAUCUCAAAGAAGAGAUUGAAACGGAUUUCAUUAAGAUUUACUGGGCGAGUAAAGAAGUUGAAUCUAGAUGUUAUGGGUUUCUUAUCAAUAGUUUCUACGAGCUCGAACCAGCGUAUGCUGAUUAUUACAGGAAUGUUAUGGGGAGAAGGGCUUGGCACAUUGGCCCGCUUUCACUGUACAGUAAUGUUGAGGAAGAUAAAGUGCAGAGGGGCUCUUCUUCCUCCAUUGAUGAGCAUGAAUGCUUAAAAUGGCUGGAUUCCAAGGAACCCAAUUCUGUUCUUUACAUAAGUUUUGGAAGUCUUGCCAGUUUAACCAAUUCUCAGCUGCUGGAAAUAGCAAAAGGUCUUGAAGCCACAGGGCAAACUUUCAUUUGGGUUGUGAAGAAAGAGAUCCAUGAUCAGGAAGAGUGGUUGCCAGAAGGAUUUGAGAAGAGAAUAGAAGGGAAAGGACUGAUCAUAAGAGGCUGGGCUCCACAAGUUCUGAUUCUUGAUCACGGGUCGAUCGGCGGGUUUGUGACUCACUGUGGUUGGAAUUCGGCUUUGGAAGGAGUCACUGCUGGCUUGCCAAUGGUCACAUGGCCGAAUUCUGCUGAACAAUUCUACAAUGAGAAGCUGAUAACGGACGUUCUGCGGAUCGGGGCUGGGGUCGGAGCUCUGUAUUGGGGCAGAGCUGGGAAAGAUGACAUAAAGAGUGAGGCUAUAGAGAAGGCAGUGAAUCGAGUUAUGGUGGGUGAAGAAGCUGAAAAAAUGAGAAGCAGAGCAAAAGCACUCGGAAUUCAGGCAAGGAAAGCCAUUGAAGAAGGUGGAUCAUCUCUCUCUGAUUUGAAUGCUUUCUUUGAAGGUCUGCGGUCUCGAAUUUGAAUGUUUUUGUUGAAGAAUCGUCAGAAUGAAAAACUGCUGAGUUUUCUUAUCAUGUCGUUGUCUAGCACCCCUAUGCCUGUUGUAGUAGUUGAAGGAUUAGAUUAAUAAACUGGUGAACUUCAUCAGAAAUAUCUAUACGUAUGAAGAUUACAAGGAGCACUUGAAUUUGUUGGGGGGAAUUGUGGGAUCAUGAGUUAAAUAUAUCUAUAUUCAACGAA